AUGAAGAUAGUCGCUCUUUCUAUGCUCUUUGCUGUGGCUUAUGCAAUUCAAAUCGAAAAAGAAGCUCGAGGCACUUAUAAAUAUGGUUUGGUUAAGGAAGUGUUGAAAAAUGACGACAAUACUUUGAUGCGGAAAGAUGAAGAGGAGGACAAUGUCGAAAAGUUGGUGAAAAUUUUCAGAAUUUUGAGUUUAAUGUCCAGCUGAUUUCACCAUUGGCUGGCUGUUUGCUAAUCAAAAAUCUCUCUUGUAGCACUGGAUUUCAAGCAGACCCAAGCAGGUAUCGUUCUCUGCGUCGCAAAUUUAACCAUGGUCAUGGGCGCAAAUAUGGCAGCUAUAGCAAGUGUGGCAAAUAUGGAAAAAAGCAGGAGGGCAUUAUUUACGGAGGAUUUGGAGGAGGGAAGUGA